AUGGACCAGUGGCUCGAUGUUGCCCCCUUUCUUGUCUUUCAAGAGCAUCCAAUAUCGGCUGAGCCGAGCAGCGAGAUUGCAACCAUCAGAGAGGGGAGUGGAGGUUUUUAUAGCACCAUUGGCUUCUCAGAGGAAGGUGAGAAAUAUAUGCACUUCGACUCGUCUAGGGAUGUAGUAGAAAAGAAGAAAUCUUGUCCACACGAGCUGGGUCAUUUGCUGGGUUUGCUCCAUGAACAUUCACGACCAGAUCGCGACAAAAAAGGACCUCAGCGACUGCUGUCGACACGCUCGGUCAAACCUUGGUUUCCUCAAGCAGCCUCAGCUUUCGAAGGCAGUGCGGUAUAUGCCUCUUUCGAUACCGCAAGUGUCAUGACCUACUCUCGGAACAAGGGGACCAAGUCCGGGACAUUUGUAUUCACUUAUCCCCAGUCAUUAGGCCAUACCACUGAAUUCUUUGUCUUCGCAGCCAACUUUCAUUCCGAAUUGUUCGGCGGACCUACACUUGGCUCGGGAACCUACAAUUUCGGGCCUUCCGUUGGCGACGGUGCGACAUUGUGCGGUAUCUACCGCGCAGAGUGCGAGAAGUACCGGGAUACCCUCCAGAAAAAUGAGAUACCAGUCGCUGAUCCAGAGUCUGCAAUCACUCUCCUACCCGGAUCCGCCAACCUUGGACGACCGCCUAACGCGAUUCCUCCAGUCAAGCCGAGCAAAUACACCACAGGCUGGACAUAUUCUUUCCCCGACUACGUUUCUCCAUCAACGACCAGAUUCAAUCCUCAAACUUCAUAUCCGUCGACAAUGUGCUCUCGAAAAAUACAAAAUGUCUGA